GUCUUCGCUGCUCUCGGUGGCGGCGGGGAGGGCGAGCGGAAACCCGCCUCCAGGAGACAGUCCCGGCCAGGGCGGGCGGGUGAGGGGAUGCGCCUUAGCUUUCCCGAGCCGCAGCCAUCAUCUUUAAUUAGUAAUUAGCUCGUCCCAGUCACCCCUGGCCAAGCACUGCCCCAUGCGCGGUGACCCGCCGCCGGUAGGUCGAUAGCCGGCGACCGACGGCAAGUUCCUCCCGUGGUGCUGGCGUGCGGGUCACUUAAACCAUGGGGAAUGGGAUGAACAAGAUUCUGCCUGGCUUGUUUAUUGGCAACUUUAAAGAUGCCAGAGAUGUAGAGCAGUUGAGUAAGAAUAACAUUACCCACAUUCUCUCAAUCCAUGACAGUGCCCGCCCUAUGCUUGAGGGAGUGAAGUACCUGUGCAUUCCUGCUGCUGACUCGCCCUCGCAGAACCUGGCAAGGCAUUUCCGAGAGAGCAUCAAAUUUAUCCAUGAGUGCCGGCUGGCAGGUGAAGGCUGCCUAGUUCAUUGCCUUGCAGGUGUCUCCAGGAGCGUGACGUUGGUGGUUGCCUACAUCAUGACCAUCACUGACUUUGGUUGGGAAGAUUCGCUGUCUGUCGUCCGUGCAGCCAGAUCCUGUGCCAAUCCUAACAUGGGCUUCCAGAGGCAGCUGCAAGACUUUGAGAAACACGAUGUCCAUCAGUUCAGGCAGUGGCUGAAGGAAGAAUAUGGGGAAAACUCUUCUCAGGACCUGCAAGAAGCCAAAACUCUUCUGAGCAAGUAUAAAGAACAGGCAGAGUUGCAGCAGAAUACUGGAGGAAGACAGUGGAAUAACAACUUCUCCUCUGUACCUUCUCUCUCAUACAGCAAUUAUACAACAGAGACCUAAUCAUAGGAGGUUGAUUUGGUAAUUUUUUUCUUUCUGCCUUUGAACAACAUCUUGCCAUAAUUUCCAUCUCAUCUCCAAGACUCUCAGCAGUAAUCAUGCAAACACUUGAUUUGUGGAAAGCUUCUUGAUGCAAAUACUACAUGUAUGUGUGUGUGAGUGAGUGUGAUUCAUGCAAUUCUACAACCUGGGCAGGAUCAAGCAUUCUGUGUGCCCAGAGACAUGGUGAGCUCCUGUGGCUGAGCCAGUUCACCAGCUAGCCACAGACAUUAGCCCCGUAUGCCCACAUUGCCUGGCAUUUGCUGUGAGGUUAGCUUCACUUCUUUUGUUGCAGGCUGGCAAAGGGCUCCCAGAGAUGAAGUCUGGUGCCUCAGGCUGUGGCAGUUGGAUAUCUCUGUGGUGUUAAUGUGGCAAAGAUGUCACUACAGCUGAAGGGAAAUGAGGGUUUGUCUCUGCUGCUCCUGUUCACAGUCUGGUAGUAAUGCUGUGGAGGUGGGCUUGGACUUGAUUGCUAGGCUGUAAAGUGGAGCAGGUGAGAGAUGGGCACGUGUCCCUUUCUACCAGCAGUAGCAUGUGGAGAGAAGUGGGACAGACAGCUCUGAGUAAUAACACCUUCAACUGCCAGUUUUACUUGCUUCAGUGCAUGUGAGACAGGGCUGUUGGCAGAACUGCCACAGACCAAGAGCACCGAGGCUGUUACUACAGCUCAGCUGAUGCGCAGUGAUUUAAGCCUUGAUUGUGCAUCUGCUCUCCCAAAAUAAGCUUCUCUGGAGAAGACUUUGCCAGAUCUCCAGUGCCCUGCUGACCUUCAUUCCCUGCAGAACACGUGCUGCUUCAACAUGCCCCUGCACACACCAGAACGUGUCUCCAAAGAGCGGGCAUGGGUGUGAGUGUGAGCACCUGCUGCUUUUGCCUGUGCUGCUGUGGUUUGCUCUUUGACUCUAGCUACCUCAGAAAUGCUGUUCUUGUCAUCGUGGUUGUCCAUGCAACCCUCAAAAUUGCCUUCUAUAAUCUUAUUCUGGCAGUGAGUGAAGUUAAAUGUGUGGCUGAGAGUGUGUGUGUGUGUGUAUCUCUCACAAGUGUCCGUACUGGAGGAAGUUAUUGGGUUGUUUUUGUUUUUAUGAAGACUGCCCAUAUUUCUCACUGGUUUCAAAACUGAGUUGUUAGGACUUGAUUUUUUCUGUCAUUUUAAAACCACUCUCUGUUUUGCUGUGCUCAUAUUUGUAGGAAUGCAUUGGUAAAAGUGUAUUUUAACCUAGGUGAAAACUCGGGGCUGUGCUCAUGCAAAGAUGAUUUUUUGCUCUUGGUGAUGUGUGGUCUGGAGUGAAGCUUGACUCAAAUGUAUCCUCGGUGUACCUUCAGAUGUCACCAGGGAUACUGAGCAGUGUCUUGAUUUCUGAUUAUGUCAUGGGGGUUGGCACUGAUGCCAAGACUGUGAUUUCUUGCCAUGGCCUCAGAGGAUAAAAGGCUUGUUUUUCUUGAAGAUUUCAGAAAACAAAAAGCACCUCCCAAACAGUGAGGACAGAACCCCCAGCCCCCUUGUUUAAAUGUGGUGUGUAGCCUGCUGAAAGCUGUGCACUGAGGGAGCAGCAGUCAGCACACUGAACAGACUGUCACUCUGCAGUGCUCUGCUCUCCCAUCUCUGUAGGAUAUUCUGGUCCCUGCAGUUUCCUGCUUGCUUUGGGGGGAGCAAGGCUUUUGGGACCAAGUGAGCUCUGGCUGAUUAAUAUCUUUGAAGCAUCUUCAAAAAAAUACAUGUUUUGGCUUGUGAAAUACAGAUCUUUGAUAUCACCAAUUGCCUAAAAGGACAGAAAGGGAAUGGGGUGGAACUGGUCUGAUUGUUUCAUCCGAGUCCAAGCCUGCAUCAGGGUUCUCAUUGCACUAAGUGCUCUAAGUCUACUGCAAAGAGCAAGAGUAGAAUGACCAUGUCUGUCUUGCAGUAAGGGGUAUUGCUGGAUUUGGGAAAGGUGCUGGAACUGGCUUUGGAGCUCUGGUAUGUGUUUGGUAUAACCAGCAACUACUCUGCAUUUUCCUGGUAGAAAACUCUUUAACUCUUUUGUAGGUGGUUUGGAGCCCCAGGACAGCAGUGCCCCCAUUGGCAGUCCCCUCUGCUCUGAGGGUCAUUGGCAAAUGCUUUUCUCGGUAACAGGGUCUGACAUGCACUCAGGAAGCUGGUCCUGUGGUUCAACCCUCUACUCAUUCUAGGAUGCAGCCAGUUCCCACAGGGCAGCUUUUUAAGGAGCAUCCUGCCUGUGCUCCUGUAGUAUCCAGUCCGUCCAUCCUGAGGCUGACUGCUGACAUAGUGUGUCCCGACACACUUCUGGCCCUCUCCUCCUCAAGUGCUGGUGAGUCAGCAAUGCCUUUUGCUCUUCUGACACACAUGGCACAGAAUGGGAGACAUCCCUUAAUGUUUGUGUCUCCAAGAUGAUUCUCUAGUGGCUUUCUUUGAUAGUUUGGUUGUCCCCCAAAGUGUCAGACCCACAAUAGGAACUAUUUUAGCACUGAGUUUGGCCUGUGGGUUAUGCUGCAGCUCAAAAGCAGGCACGGGAUAAAGAGGAGGAUGAGAGGCUGCCUCGUUUUCAGUGAGUGGAAGUGCUUCUCUCUUUAAAGACAGAGCAGGUCUGUGGUCUGUUGCUUCUGCAUCUUGUUUGGUGUCUGCUUGUUCUGCAGACUGCAUUUAAGAGUGGUAGAAGAGCAGCAGCAGUCUAAGAUGACAGCUCUGCCUUUUGUCCUUUUAAAAGAGAGAGGAACUGAGCAACUGAGGUGACACAAUUUGUCUUCCAGCCAGCUUCUGAGUGGCAGUGUAGAACUUUCUAGCUGUCUGGGACAUGCCUAGACCCUAGUCCACCUCUUUGUAGUUGGCCUUCAUAGUUGAGGCAAUUAUUCACUCUCUUUCUGUACUUCAGCACACUGUCCUCAUUUUGCUGUUCACUGGAAAAUGUGGAGAGUUUCUAUCACCUUGUUGGGUAGCCAGAUUUGAAAUGUAUGAUUCUUUUUUAACUGGUGGUGGGGGCUGAGGGCUAAACUCGAUAUCCAAGUGUGGUGAUAAGCAAAUGUUUUGUGUAAGUAACAGGGAAAUGCAUUAAUAUUUAUUACUACUCUGAUUUUUUUUUAACCUGGAAAGAGUUGCUUCCUUGCAUUUUUGGGCUUGAGUGGGAAGAUCUAGGCCAAUCAUGUCUGGUUGGUUUGGGGUUGGUUUGUUUGUGUUUUAGAAGACAGUAACAACACUGGUUGCCUAUAAAGAUGUCAGUGGGAAAAUUAUAGUGAUGAUUUCAGCUGGUUUGAAAACUUUAAACCUGGUGAGCUUCUGGAUUUUCUUCUGUCUUCCUCUUCCUGGGCAUCUUAGCGAAGCCUUGGUUGCUCUUUUGUCCCCAAAUGUUUGUAUUUAAUACAUUCUACAAGUUUUUUAUAAAUAAAAGUAAAUGUUAACACCUGA